UUCUUCUUCUUCGCCCCUCUCAUUUGACUCAAUCGUCUUCUUCCAACAUUCUGAUUCUGCAACGCCACAACUUGUUUUGAAGAAAUGAAAUGCUUCCAUUUCACGAAUGGUGAGAGAAAGGAUGAUGAAAAUGGUGUCGUUUCUAGAGCCUCCAAGGUCUCCUGGGCUCGGUCGCUCAGUAUGGCUUCAAGCACGUUUGAUACCAGGCGCUCUGAGUUCGACGCUGACUAUUCUAGGGAUUUUUCCGACUCGAUUGGGUUUUAUGAGAUUCUGACUCAACGGAGAGCGAACGAGUUGCGGGUUUUUUCGUUUUCUGAGUUGAAAUCGGCCACGCGCGGGUUUAGCAGGGCGCUGUUGAUUGGCGAGGGAGGUUUUGGCUGUGUGUUUAAAGGAGUUGUUGCGGCUUCCAAUUCCAAGUCGGAUUUGAAAAUGGAGGUUGCUGUCAAACAGCUCAAUCGCAAUGGCUUCCAGGGGCACAAGGAAUGGAUCAAUGAGGUGAACUUUUUGGGUGUGGUGAAGCAUCCGAAUCUUGUGAAAUUGGUUGGAUACUGUGCUGAAGAUGAUGAAAGGGGAAUUCAAAGGCUUCUGGUUUAUGAGCUUAUGCGCAACAGGAGCUUGGAGGAUCAUCUUCUGGUUCGAGUAUCUCCACCAUUGUCAUGGUUGGCUAGGCUUAAGAUUGCUCAGGAUGCAGCUCGUGGCCUUGCAUAUCUACAUGAAGAAAUGGAUUUUCAGCUAAUUUUUCGCGAUUUAAAAGCUUCGAAUAUCCUUCUAGACGAUGAAUUUAAUGCUAAGCUUUCGGAUUUUGGACUGGCCAGACAGGGUCCUCCGGAAGGAAUCAGCCACGUGUUCACAUCGGUUGUAGGCACAAUAGGCUAUGCAGCUCCAGAGUAUGUUCAAACUGGCAGGCUGACUGCAAAGAGCGACGUGUGGAGCUUCGGGGUUGUUCUCUAUGAACUCAUUACAGGUCGACGUGCUGUGGAGAGAAACCUACCGCGCAACGAGCAGAAGCUUUUGGAAUGGAUUAAACCAUACGUCUCAGACCCUAAGAAAUUCCACCUUAUUAUCGAUCCACGGCUUGAAGGAGAAUGCAACAUCAAGUCAGCACAGAAACUUGCAUCACUUGCUAACAAAUGCCUGAUGAAGCAGCCUAAGAAUCGCCCGAAAAUGAGCGAGGUCGUUGAGAUUCUUGGUAAUAUCAUCAGUGAAUCAUGUCAAGAUCAUGAAGCAGUUCCUCAACCCGUCAACGACGAAACUGUCGAAACGAAGGAGGAAACGGCAGAGGUUGCUGAAGUUAAGGCUGCUACUACAAGGCAUAGGCAGAGUCAUCUAAAGAAGGUUUUUGAUUUCAGAGAUAUGGUGAGCUUAAGAAACAGAUCUUUUGGGAAGUUAGAUUGGAGAAAUUGGACACCUGGGUUGGUAAGAACUUGGUGACAAACCCUUUCACUUUUCUUCUUUGGAAAUGAAAGCAUAACAUAUGGAGGGCUUCCUCCUUUUUCUCUUUUUUUUUUCGGUAUACAUGUAAAGCCUUUACGAAGUUAGAUCAUCAAAUUUUUAGUACGUUUUUCCGUUACAAA